UCUUUUAUAACUUAAAUGGGAUUGCUGAAGGUUGGUGAUAAUGUGGGUGACUGUGCUGCCCGUGGUGCUGAUCUUUUCGAGAGUAUAGCAGCAGAGAUAAUCAGUGCUAUGAUACUGGGAGGAACAAUGGCUCAACGCUGCAAAAUUGAAGAUCCAUCUGGAUUUAUCCUGUUUCCUCUUGUUGUCCAUUCUUUUGACUUGGUGGUAUCAUCAGUUGGAAUACUCUCAAUUAGAGGGAUUCGUGAAUCUGGACUAAUUGUCCCUAUAGAGGACCCAAUGAUGAUACUUCAGAAAGGCUACUCUGUGACAAUAUUUUUUGCUGUUUUAGCUUUUGGUUUGUCUACUCGGUGGCUCCUUUACACUGAACAAGCACCUUCUGCAUGGCUCAAUUUUGCCUUAUGCGGCUUGGUCGGUAUCAUAACGGCAUAUCUUUUUGUUUGGAUCACCAAGUAUUACACUGAUUACAAGCAUGAGCCUGUCCGCAUGUUAGCCCUCUCAAGUGCCACAGGACAUGGAACUAAUAUUAUUGCAGGAGUGAGUUUGGGAUUAGAAUCAACAGCUCUCCCUGUUCUUGUGAUAAGUGUAGCAAUUAUUGCAGCUUACUGGCUGGGGCAUACAUCAGGCUUGGUAGAUGAAACUGGGAAUCCAACUGGCGGUCUCUUUGGGACAGCCGUAGCAACAAUGGGCAUGCUUAGUACUGCUGCAUUUGUUCUCACCAUGGAUAUGUUUGGCCCUAUAGCUGACAAUGCAGGUGGAAUUGUAGAGAUGAGCCACCAGCCAGAAAGCGUUCGGGAAAUCACUGAUGUUCUAGAUGCUGUUGGUAACACUACAAAAGCUACCACAAAAGGAUUUGCUAUUGGGUCUGCAGCACUUGCUUCCUUCCUUCUUUUCAGUGCAUAUAUGGAUGAAGUAGCUUCAUUUGCUCACGUUCCUUUUAAGCAGGUUGACAUAGCAGUUCCAGAGGUUUUUGUUGGUGGUUUAUUGGGUUCUAUGCUUAUAUUUGUUUUUAGUGCAUGGGCCUGUUCAGCUGUUGGCAAAACUGCUCAGGAGGUUGUUAAUGAAGUUAGACGCCAGUUUAUUGAGAGGCCAGGUAUAAUGGACUAUAAAGAAAAACCAGAUUAUGGCCGUUGUGUUGCCAUUGUGGCAACAGCAUCCUUGCGGGAAAUGAUAAAGCCUGGUGCUCUGGCAAUUAUAUCACCUAUAGUAAUUGGAUUGCUCUUCCGAAUUUUGGGACACUUUACUAGCCAACCGCUACUUGGGGCGAAAGUUGUGGCCUCGAUGCUUAUGUUUGCAACAGUGGCUGGUAUCCUUAUGGCUCUCUUUCUGAACACCGCUGGAGGUGCCUGGGAUAAUGCAAAAAAAUAUAUAGAGACUGGUGUACUUGGAGGGAAAGGCAGUGAUUGUCACAAGGCAGCAGUUACUGGUGAUACAGUUGGUGAUCCAUUCAAAGACACUGCAGGGCCUUCGCUCCACGUCCUUAUCAAAAUGCUUGCGACCAUUACAUUGGUCAUGGCCCCCAUCUUUUUGUGAGUGAUUUCUACCUCCGCGCGACCAAAUAUACAGCACCCCUUUCCUGUAGAUGCAGUGUUAAUGGGGGGGUGGGAGCUUUGUUGAUGGAUGAUUUUUCUUUAAACGAAGAGACCGUGGUAUUAACAUUAUCCACUGUGACAUCAGUGCUGAUUUUUUUUUUUUUUUUGUGCUUAGACUAAUAAUAUAUGCGUUUGCGGUUUAUACUU